AUGGAAGAAGAGUUCUAUAACGCGCUUGCUUCACCUUCAACUACUCCGGCUGUUAUUGCUCAAAACAUGAAUGCAGAAAACGAAACCGGAACUUUGCAAAAUCCCCCGAAACUCAUGGGAAUUGAGGAAUACCAUGGAUGGAAGAAUCGUUUUGAAAAUUCGGUUCAGCAUGAUGGGAGUGCGUUUUUGAUAUGGGAAACACUUAAGAAAAAGUUUGAAGGAAGCACAGAAAUGCUCAGAAGUAAAGCAUCCCUGCUGAAAAAGGAGUUUGAAUUAUUUACUAGUAUGCCUGGUUUUAGCUGGGACAAGUACAUUCUAGCUGAUUCCAAUGUUAAAGCUUUCAUUGCUCAGAUUGUUCAAAAACCAGAAUUGAUGAAGGAAUGGAUAGCUGUUUUAUCUGAAGAUGAAGAAUCUGUUAGUUCAGAAAACAGUUCAACAGAAAGUAGUGAUGAUGAUGAAGAAAUUGAACAGAUUAACGGUAACAACACCACCACCGUCACCGGCCGGAGUACACCACUGCAGUGCCGCUACCACCGCCGGCCGGCCGCCCACCCCUACACCACCGGUGAGUUGUUAGUUGUAAUCAUAGACAAUAGAAGCAAUGACUUUUACGUGAGAUCAUGUCCAAGGACGAGAGAUGCAGGUAAAGGUAAAGCUAGAAGGUGUAGUUUACGUGUGGCGUCUUGGAACGUAGGAACUCUUAGUAGUAAAUUGUUGGAAGUGAUAGACGCACUCAAAAGACGUAGGGUACAGAUAGCGUGCCUUCAGGAGACUAGAUGGAAAGGACAGAGAGCAGAUGAGCGCAAUGGGUAUAAGUUGUUGUAUUUCGGAUCUGAUGGGGCAAAGAACGGAGUAGGAUUUUUGGUGUCUAUAGAAUUGCAUAAGAAUGUAAUUGAGGUGACACGACACAACGACAGAAUUAUGGUGUUAAGGUUAGUAUUAGGUGAGCAAGUAGUGACAGUGGUAUGCGCCUAUGCACCGCAAGCGGGACUAGGAGAUCAAGAGAAAAGAGAGUUCUGGGAUUGUCUAGAUGUAGUAGUAAGGGCCAUACCCAGGGAGGAGAAAGUUUUUAUAGGAGGAAAUUUUAAUGGGCACAUUGGUAAGGAUAGUGAUGGCUUUGAGUUGGUACAUGGGGGUUUUGGUUUUGGCGAUAGGAAUGACCCUGGUAGAGACCUUUUAGACUUCGCGACAGCUCAUGGCCUAGGUAUUAUAAACUCGUUCUUUAAGAAGAGGGAAUCUCAUUUGAUCACUUUUAGUAGCGGAGGACGUAACACGCAAAUCGACUAUCUUUUGAUGAGGCAGGAAGAUCGACGGAUGUGGAUGAACUGUCAGGUUUUACCAAGGGAGACUGCAGCGACUCAGCACCAUUUGCUUGUAGCAGACAUAGCCCUAAAAGUAAGGUUAACCGAGGGGGAAAGGAAAACCAGACCCAGGACCCGUUGGGGAAACCUGAAGGGAGAAAAACUUAUGAUGUUUAGAGAUAAAGUUACUCGAUCACAUCGAUGCAACCAGGUGACGACGCAAACCGGAUGUGGGAGGAUAUGGCGACUACGAUCACUACAGUGGCGAACUAGACGCUAG